AUGCCCUCAUUGAUCAGCAGAUUCAUCGUUUCAAGUCUUCUACUUCUAGGCAUUCAUGCUUACCAUUCUAGACCGAAAUCAGAAGAACUUGCGUCUAAGAUUGACUACGAUGAUCAAUCGACCACAUUGGAAUCAAUUGCCAGGAUAUCAGCACCGCCACACGUUCCCAUCGAACAGCCUCAAACAUCCGACACAGAAAUAUUGGAACAUCUUCUGACACGUGGAUACGAUCACCGAGUGAGACCUCCAGGAGAAGAUGGAACAAUUCAUGGAGGACCUGUAGUGGUUACAGUCAAUAUGCUUAUUCGAAGUAUUUCAAAAAUAGACAAUGUAAAUAUGGAAUACAGUGUUCAACUGACAUUCCGUGAGAGUUGGGUCGACAAAAGACUCAGUUAUGGUGUCAAAGGAGAUGCUCGACCAGAUUUCUUGAUUUUGACUGCUGGACAAGAGAUCUGGAUGCCUGACUCGUUCUUCCAGAAUGAGAAACAAGCAUAUAAACAUAUGAUUGACAAGCCAAACAUUCUAAUCAGAGUACACAAAGACGGAACAAUUCUGUAUUCCGUUCGUAUCUCACUGGUUCUUUCUUGUCCAAUGCAUCUACAAUAUUAUCCAAUGGAUGUUCAACAAUGUUUCAUUGAUCUUGCUUCGUAUGCAUACACUACAAAAGAUAUUGAAUACAUCUGGAAAGUGGAGAAGCCAGUUCAAUUGAAAGAUGGCCUUUCGAGUUCGUUGCCAUCCUUCCAGUUGACGAACACUUCGACUACUUAUUGUACCAGUAAGACGAAUACAGGUGCAUAUUCCUGUUUGAGGACUAUUUUGUCGCUGAGAAGGCAAUUCAGUUACUAUCUACUCCAGCUGUACAUUCCAUCUUGUAUGCUUGUCAUCGUCUCCUGGGUCUCAUUCUGGAUCGAUCGAACUGCCGUUCCAGCUCGUGUCACACUUGGAGUCACAACACUUCUCACAAUGACAACUCAAUCUUCGGGAAUUAACGCAAAACUUCCACCGGUUGCCUAUAUCAAAGCAAUCGAUGUUUGGAUUGGUGCUUGUAUGACAUUCAUUUUCUGUGCUCUUCUCGAGUUUGCGUGGGUUACAUACAUUGCAAACAAACAGGAUGCAAGCAAGAGAGCACGUCUCGAUAGAGAGAAAUCAGAAUUGCCGUUCCUUCAAAACUCGCAUAAUGACGUUUGGGUUCCAAGAGAAGUUGCUGAACAAGAGAGAGAAGUGAUGACAGUUCGAUUGAAUCGUCGACAGAGCAACAGCUUCUGGAAGUGGAUUAAAACAAAAACUGAAUGGAACGACAAGUCGAAACGGGCGGAUCUUAUAUCUCGAGUGUUGUUCCCUGUGCUUUUCCUCACUUUCAACAUUUCAUAUUGGACACAUUACGGACAAUAUGGUGUUGCCAUCAGUACUUGA